UGUAGGGGGUAUUUAUCCCCCACGACGCGUGCUCCUUUCUGCAUCCCUCGAUCAAAAUUCAUACUCCACGCAAUUACGCAUGCUAUUCAUGCUCCGUUAACUUCUAUCAAUUUCAACUUUCCCUCUUCUCAUCGAUAAAUAGCAUCACUCAAUCAGUAUUAUUUUGUCCAAUUCCAACUUAACAUUCUACAUAAAUCAUAGACAAUGCAGGCACAAAUUUCCCCAAUUCAGAUUUUAUUACUUUUAUCAUUGUUCUUUAAUCUUCAAUUUAAAUGGGUUAUUGAUGCUCAAUUUCUUCCUGCUAAAUUUGAUGGGUUUGUGUAUGGUAACCCUAAGAAAUUUAACCCAGAAAAUAUUCUUAUUGAAGCUUUCUUUGACCCUGUUUGCCCAGAUUCUCGUGAUGCUUGGCCUCCUCUUAAGCAUGUUCUUCAACAUUAUGGGCAUAAUGUCUCCCUCAUUGUUCAUCCUUUCCCUCUUCCAUACCAUGACAAUGCAUAUGCAACUUCACGGGCGCUGCAUAUUGUUGACGAAUUGAAUAGUUCUGAAACAUAUCCCUUGUGGGAAAGUUUCUUCAAAUAUCAGGAGCAAUUUUACAACAAAGAGACAGGUAACUUGACCAGAGUCGAGACUGUAGAUCUCAUUGCUAAAUUUGUUGCAAAAUCUGUCGAUACCCAUUAUUCUGCUGUAAAAUCUGGCUUUGACGACAGGAAUACCGAUCUCAAAACAAGGGUUUCAUUCAAGUAUGGUUGUUCGAGAGGCGUCUAUGGAACACCAGCUUUCAUCGUCAAUGGUUUUCUUUUGUCCGAUGUCGGCUCUUCUGUAGAUUACAAUGGAUGGAAGAAGAUUAUCGAUUCACUUCUUCAUUCGAAGAGUGGGAAUGGAUUUAGUACUUAUGCUUAAUGAAGUACAAGCUUUAUUUGUAUUAUUAGUGUUCAGUGUGUCUACCUAGCCAGUAGUCAUCAUGUAUAAAGAGCUGUUCUAUAAAUGAACUUCCUUUGGCAAAUUGUCUUGGUCAAAAAAUUGGCUUGUAUAGUUGUUGUACUUGUGUUAUUUCCUAUAUGUUUAUCAUUUACUUCUUUAU